CACUCACUCGGGAGAAAAAAAAAAGAAAAGAAAAAAAAAAAGAAAAACCUUCUCUUUCUCUCUGUCAAGUAAUUUUUAAGAGAAACACUCCCAUACGCUUCCAGUACAUUGAACAUCAUUUCGGAGAAGUCAAGAAGAUUGGGAAUGGGGGGAGCCAACUGUAACCCAUUAGCACAAUAUCAAAAGUACCCGAGCCAUAUUCUUCGCUUGGCUCUGAUCAUCUUCUUGGCAGCAUAGGAUCAUUUGCUUGUCAAGAGGAGAGAUCAAUAGAGAAAAGUGAGCUAUUUGCACAUGAGCCUGUCAAUACUUCAGGUGACACUUUUUGAAUAUAUCAAGCCAAGGAGUACCUUCGCAUUUUCAUUGUGAUUCUCUCUUUCUGUCUCUGGGGCGUGUAUUCCACUAUUGAGUGAAGUUGAUCAUCUUGUUAUCAAAUAAUGGCUGUCAUGGGCAAAACCAAAUCGGUUUUAACAUUAACUGGCAGGGUUAUAAACGAGGCAGUGAGCUUCAUUGUCUUCUCUUUGCUAGACCUUUUUGAUUUCCUUCUUUGUUAUUUUUACAAGUUAGCUGAUUUCUUCAUGGAAGCCGAAUGGAAGCCAUGUUACUGCUCGUCCGGCAAAGAAGCCAUCACUAGCAGUGGAAAAAUCUUGGUAUCCGAACAAGGCAAAUCUAAGAUCGUUUGCCUCAGUUCCAGCAAGCUACAACUCGAGGAGAUAUCAGACACCCUCUAUACGCGUCCUUCUCUGGUGUCCGAGGUCUCGAACUUGACCGUCACCGAGCUUAAAAGGCUCAAGGUCACGGACAGGACCAUCAAUGUACAGUCUUGUGAGAAGAUCAAGAACGGCACGGUGCGCUCAACAUUCACGGUUAACUCCACCAUUGUUGAAAUGCUCCAAGGAAAGAUUGGAAAGCAGCAAUUACAUCCGAUCCCGAGGUGGUCUGACUGUGAUUGUAAACUUUGCAUUUCUUGGAACUCUUCUUGCAAAGAAACUCUGUUCGUUCGAGCCGAAGGACCCAAAGAUACAGCACGAGAAGAUGUGUUGUUCAUUCAUGGCUUCAUUUCAUCUUCAGCAUUUUGGACAGAAACGCUUUUUCCAAAUUUCUCAAGCGCUGCUAAAUCGACAUAUCGCUUGUUUGCCAUUGAUCUGCUUGGGUUUGGAAGAAGUCCAAAGCCAACCGACUCUCUUUACACGCUAAGGGACCACUUGGACAUGAUAGAACAGUCCGUGCUGGAACCAUACAAAAUCAAGUCUUUGCACAUUGUGGCUCAUUCUUUAGGUUGCAUCUUGGCUCUUGCACUCGCUGUUAAGCACCCUGGCUGUGUGAAAUCCUUAACCCUACUUGCACCACCAUAUUACCCGGUGCCAAAGGGAACACAAGCUACACAAUACGUGAUGAGAAGGGUAGCUCCGAGGCGUGUGUGGCCGCUGAUUGCGUUUGGAGCGUCGAUUGCAUGCUGGUACGAGCACAUUUCCCGGACAAUUUGCCUGCUCAUUUGCAAGAACCACCGAUUGUGGGAAUUUCUCACCAAACUCGUCACUAGAAACAGGAUUAGGACAUUCUUGCUUGAAGGUUUCUUCCUGCAUACCCACAACGCUGCAUGGCAUACCCUACACAACAUCAUCUGCGGCACCGCCAGCAAACUUGACGCGUACAUGGACGCAGUCCGAGACCACCUUAAGUGCGAUGUUGCCGUGUUCCAUGGCCAAGACGAUGAACUUAUCCCUGUUGAAUGCAGCCACAAUGUGAAAGAAAGAAUACCUCGUGCCCGUGUCAAAGUGAUCGAGAAGAAGGAUCAUAUUACGAUCGUUGUAGGAAGACAAAAGUCCUUUGCUAGAGAACUAGAGGAAAUAUGGAGAAACUCAAGUCGUAAUUAAGAUUUAAGACUUGAGACCUUCAUUUAUAUAAUUUACUACUUAAUUAAUUUCCUUUUCGGCUUUAAGUCACCA